AUGCAUCCCAACCCUGCCCAUGGGGGUCCGGGCACCCCAAAACUGGCCUGCAUGCCCUGCGGUCCCAGGAACAAGGGCCGCUGCUUCGGUCCCAACAUCUGCUGCGGAGAAGAGCUGGGUUGUUACAUCGGGACCUCCGAAACCCUACGGUGCCAGGAGGAAAACUUCUUGCCGACACCCUGCGAGUCGGGACGCAAACCCUGUGGCGGCAGCGGAGGGAGCUGCGCGGCCGCUGGCAUCUGCUGCAGCAGCGAGGGCUGCGUGGUUGACUCAUCCUGCGACCAAGAAAUGCUCAUUGCAUAG